AUGAGUGUUGUUCCAUAUGCAUAUGAAUGUUAUAAGUCUAGCGUACUUCAAUAUAAAGAAUAUUCUCUGAGAAUUACUGAUAACGCUUUAGUCAUACAUAAAGAAGGUGCUGAUGAAGACAUUACCAUUGGUCCAGGUAUAUUACCUAUCGAGCAACCAGAUGGUACAAUUGUUGAAACAGACAUAAGUCAAUACCUUCAAGAGUUGCAGAAUCGUGUGACAAGAGUUGAGAAUAAUUACUUAGAUGCUCCAUUCUUCACAACUGAUAAAGACUAUAUGUUUUCAUGUAUGGCGAGUAAUGGUUUGCAAGAAACUCGUGAGGUAAAUAUUAAUGAAGCAUUAGAGACUAUAAUAUAUCAUGUCAAACGGUUAUUAUCGAUUGACCAUGGAGUUCAUUUUGACCCAAGGUCUACACUGUUCAAUAUACCAAUGAUUGAAAACAGUCAUUUAACAUUUAAAGAAGAUACAUUGUAUAAUGCUUUAAACGCAGCAUUUGCUUAUAUAUUAGGUCAUGAACAAGUACAAAAUAGUGGUAUUGCAAUAUACUUAGAUAAAGUUAUGUUAAAGAAACCAUUGGCAUUCACAGAAGAUGGUCCAAAAGCAACUGGUAUUGUUGGUGAUGGAACAUUACUUACGAAAGAAUACUUAAAAAGUCAUAUCAGUGAUUUUGUGAAAAUAGAACAAAGUGGAGGAGGUAAGAGUUGGUUAGGGUGGUUGUUUGAUUUAUUUUCAGCAGGUGCAACUAGGGAUGCGUUAAACACGCCAUUUGACCGGGCGUACAUUUUUUUUGUUCGCCCAAAAAUUUUGCCAUUUGAGAAAUUCAAAAAUUAA